UGAACUGAGGAAGCAAACCCCACCAAGAUUUUGCCGCGUCAUCAUCAAUCUUCCCUACUUUUGGAACCUCUGGGUAGUAGUAGUAUAAUUUUGUGGUUGAGGGGCUGGCUAAGUCUUAGGUUUCAGUCAGGGAACUGAAAGGUAAGGGUUUAUUUUUGUGUGACUUUGAACAGAGAGAUGAUGAGCCGUUUGUACUACAUGCAUGAGGGCAGCAGCAGCAGCAGCGAGAAGUUCAAAGAUUUGGAAGGUAAUCAGAGCAAUAAGGCAAAGGAAAAAAGAAGAAAGAAGCAAAUCUGGGUCUUACUAAGUAAAUCCUCAAUGGUCAAUGCCCACAUUGUUACUGUAACUACUGGAUUCGAAGCCUGAACUGGUACAGAAGAAUUUGGCCUGGGUGGUUGGUUCUUGAAGCAGGGAUUGUGAUAGAAAAGUUCACAUAGUUGUUGUGUGAAAGAACAGUUCCAGCAUUAUAAUUUGUGAUUUUAAUCAGCAGUGAAUAAUAAUCAUAAUGGUCGUUCAAUAGAAAUGCCGAAUCGGAUGCCCUCAACUGACCUAUGGUUGCAGCAUCAUGUUUGCUUAAUUUUGAAAAGGUAUAGUGGGAUAUUUGUUCAAUUUGGAAUUUCGUUAUGAACGUUCUAUGCAAUUAUAUCAUUCUUUUUUAUCCAAGGACAUCAUGUAGUUGAGCUUAGCAAAAUCUGUUACCAGAGCUCGGAACUAUGCCAACCAUUUGUAUCAGACCUUUGGAUUGAAAAACAUUUGACCAUUAGAAUUUGCAUUGACCUUCAGUAUCAACCAUUUGUAGCUUUUGUCAUGUCGUCGUUGGAUAAAGUAACAACUCUCUCUCACUCUUUUUGGCAAAGGGGUAUCCAUUUGUCGUUUCGGAGAACCACAACUUGCCCUCCAUAGCUUGAGACUAGUUGUGCCAGGUCACAUUAGUCCUUGGGUUGAUGAGCCAACCUUGUUUUUAGAUAAAGUAACGUCUAUUGCAUGACUCAGCCACCUGUGCCCAACUCAUGUCAUUGAGGAUGGGGGUUUGUGUCAAAAUUCUAGGUUCGAUUACAUAGCGGUCUUCAUGGUACGGAGAGAAUGGAUUUUCCUUGUAACUUAUAAGGCUAUAUACAAGCUCACAUUGAGUUUUAGGACUGCUUUAUCAAUCUAUGGAAUACAGCAUCAUUGAAGCCCGCCCUUCAUUUCUCUUGUCGGAUUAAGAAGGAUGGCCUUCAAGAAAGCUUGAUCUCAACUGUUAGGUCUGAAAGAUGGCCAAAUCAUUGAAGUUCACCAAUUUAUCUUCUAUACUCAAGAUGGCCUCCCAUACAAACUAGGUACUGUAAUUGGAAAGAUACAUAAUCCUUUUACAAGGAAAUGCUCUGUUUUGUUUGGUACCUAUGAUACUUUGGUGGAUAUCUCCUUUUUAUAUGGUUCAUUGAAUUCAAUAUAUCAAAUAUUUGUAUCUAUGUUGUGACUUCAUGAAUAAGGUCCUAGCAACAUACCUUGUUAGGUCAUCCUGAGAUACUUGGGCUAUUCAUGGAGCUCAAUUACAUGUUUUAGUCACAGAUUUUAGUUAAUUCCAGGAGCGCUAAAUAAUAUUGCACGUCCUCAAACAUAUCAUGUAUUUCCAUAAUUUUCUGUUAUGCUAGUAUCUGAUAAUUUUACCAAAAAAGGCCAGAAAAUUAAGUCUAUCAAUACUGCAUCUCCAUGCAAUGAAUGCAAUUAAUAGGUGAUAACUGGGAACGAGUCAAAACAUUUAUCCUUGAAGGGAGCUACCAAUAUACCUUUUGCAUAAUUUGGACUAGAAAAAUAGGGAUUAGGUGAGAUGUAAUGAGAAGUGGAUAAAAAUUGAUUUUUUUUGUCAAUACUAAAAGCGCUAUGUGCAUAUUUGGAAAACUAUUAUAACCUUCUUACAUUCCGUGUUGGCCCAUUAAUGAAGAAGAAGCCACUUUGCCAAGAGAAUCUCGGCAAAUUUAUGAUAGGCAAGGCUCCUUUUUUGGCUGUGAAGCCUGACACAAGUAUUUUACAUUUGGACACCCAACAACAAGAAGAUUUAUCCAAACUUUUCCUUAUUAUCUCUUUGGCAUUGUUAAUUUCACUUAUGCUCAUCUACUAAUGAACUCGUGAAGCUUCCCUUCAAGUUGAAAAGAAAGGGAGAGGGGUGGAAGUAGGAAUGAUUUUCUUGUUAUUAUCAUCGCUGUGCUCUUCUCUUUCUUCAAUCCAUAUUUGUAGAGACCAAUUAUUUUCCUUGAUAGUGCAAUCUUAUUUAUGUUAGUGUUCCAAUCUCAAAUCCUGUUCUAAAAAUUGUGCUCCAUUUUUAAGAUAACUUGCAGCAUUUUUUUUAUAGUUCCAGAUUUUCACUAGUUUAGAACUUUUAAGAUAUCAUCGUAUAAGAAGGCUUUGUGAAAAAAUCUCAGAAAAUGAUAUGCAGUUCCAGUCUGCAGCCGAUGUGAAAGCAGCUUCAACUUCUCAAGAAGCAUUGAAAUUGUUGGUUUGCUUCUCAACUUGGUGCCAAUUUCAUGUUUAGUUUGUUUAUUCUUAACACUCUUAGGGUUUUCUUCUUCACUAGUCACCAUGGGUUCCCUAAUCUGUUAUUAAUACUGGCUUCUAUGAAUCCGUAUAUUUUCUGCUAAAAAUAUUUAUCCUUUUUGCAUUUGAAACUUUUUUAAUCUUUAACUUUCAACAUUUUGCUGUACUGAUUAUUUGUAGUCAGAUUUGAAAUUGUCAAUGGGCCACUGCAUUUUUUAGUGUUCUUAGGCUGCUCUUCCUGGAAUUGAAGCAUCUAUCUCAUAACUUGGAUAUGGGAAAUCUUCAAAGGAGUUUUUCACCUCCCUCCUUUUCCACCUCAACCUCCUCCUCCUCCUCCUCACUUGGUCCACACCCAUUUAUUGAUUCGGAACUAUGGCUAAUGGUUGAGAAAAGGACCCAAGAGAUAUUAUAUACCAUUCAACCUGCUUUUGUUUCGGAGCAGAAAAGGAAGGAAGUCAUUGAUUAUGUUCGGAGUUUAAUUAAGGGUUAUUUUGCAGUUGAGGUCUUUCCAUUUGGUUCGAUCCCACUGAAAACCUAUCUUCCAGAUGGAGAUAUUGACCUGAUGAUCCUCAGCCAUCAAAGCAUGGAGGAAGAUUUGGCCAGGGAUGUCUUCACUCUCCUCCAAUGUGAAGAGCAGGACCUGGGGUUCCAAGUAAAUGAUGUCCAGUAUAUUCAAGCUCAGGUUAAGGUCAUAAAAUGCUCUGUAAAGAAUAUUGCCGUUGACAUCUCUUUCAAUCAAAUGGGAGGGCCCUUCGCAUUAUGCUUUUUAGAGCAGGUUGACCAACUUAUUGGUCGAGAUCAUCUUUUCAAACGCAGCGUUAUCUUGAUCAAAGCAUGGUGUUUUCAUGAGAGCCGAAUUCUCGGUGCACACCAUGGCUUGAUCUCAACAUAUGCAUUACAAAUAUUGGUUUUGAAUGUCGUUGAUAAUUUCCAUUCAUCUCUAUCCCGUCCUUUAGCAGUCCUCUACAAAUUUUUGGACUAUUACAGCACCUUUGAUUGGGACAACUAUUGUGUCAGUAUAAAUGGCCCCAUUCCCAUAUGAUCCUUCCCACAAAUGGGGUCAAUAGAUAACAAUGGGAAUGAGUUACUUCUCAGUCAGGAGUUUCUGAGGAACUGUAGAGACAUGUUUGCAUUUCUGAUGAAAGAACUCGAGAAUGGUGCCCCUGAAUUUCCUAUUAAGCAUCUCAACAUAGGGGAUCCUCUUAAGAGCAGCAACAACUUAGGACGUAGUGUUAACAAAGGUACAUUUAACUAUAUACAAAGCAGCUGUUUCUGGAUAUUGUUUUAGAAAAUCUAGAGCUUUAGGGCUUGAAUAUAGUAUCUGUAAAUUUUGGAGGCUCUGAUUUUGGGAUUUUUUUUUUCUCUACUCCAUGGGGGCUUGCAAUGGUACAUGAAGGAGUUCUUGGUACCA